AUGUCUUCGCAAACUUUGGUGAAUACUUUGGGUUUCUUCGGGUGGAAUUCGACGGCCGAGGCGGUGAAAGAUGAAAGAACAAAGGAGGAGAUUUUGAAUAAGCGGAAAAAUACGAUUGGGUUAGUUUAUUAAAUUCAAACUUCCGCGUAUGCACCCAAAGCACGUCAGUGUUUAAAAGCUGGCGCAUUUUUUAAAUACUGUUAUUUUUCCCCUGAUUGAGAAAUUAUUAUAUUUUUGCAGCUCAACAUGUCAAAUCUUCUAUUCAGACAAUCCAUUUAUGGUAUCCCGUGCUUCAAUGCAAUACCUCUAUGAUGAAAACGGCAAACGAUUCUUGGACUGUAUCAGUAAUGUUCAACACGUUGGACAUUGUCAUCCAACAGUCGUCGAAGCAAUCUCAAAACAAUUAGCCACUUCAACUUGUAAUGUUCGAUUUGUCUCUACUCAACUCGCUGAUUGUGCUGAGCAAUUGCUGAAAACAUUGCCUGGCUUGGACACCAUUUUGUUCUGUAACUCUGGGUCUGAGGCCAAUGACUUGGCUUUGCGUUUGGCGAGAGAUUAUACUAAACAUCACGAUGCGAUUGUUAUUGAACAGUGAGUUCGGGGAACGUUUUAUGAUUGAGGAACUCAAAGUGUCACUCAUUAAUCAUACUGCUGGAAAUGUGCCAACUGACAUUUGUUUUUUGAUUUUUGUUCUGACACUGGUCCUGGGAGUUUGACCAAAAAUUGGUCAAUUUUUGGUCAAAAAAAUUUUGAACAAAAAUUGACCAAAAAUGCACCAAAAAAUUUUUCACCAUUUUUUGGUCAAUUUUUCAACUUUUUCCCACCAAUUUUUCACCAUUUUUUGAUCAUUUCCCCAGACUUUUUUCAAAUCAAAAACACAUUUUUUUCACAAAAAUUUAUUGAAAAAGAACAAAAAAGAAACAAAAAUGGUUCUAACUGUUAGGAAUCUGCCUUAUAUUAUGAACUUUAAUUUUCAUUGAAAACAUUUUGAGCUAAUUAGAGAAAAGAGAGCUGGAGGUUUGUGCUCGGAAGAAUGUAAAUUUUGCCCUAAGAAAGUUAAUUUUAGAGCAAUCGCAGACUCCUAGCAGUUUGUGAACCUUAGAAACAAUAAAAAUUACUCAGUUUCGACUAAUCCUUCUGCCUUCUCUGCACCAGCAGAAAAAGCAGUGUCAAAUUGUUCCUUGAUUUGCUCACGUUCGUCUUCUGACAAUUUAUCCGGAUUACCAUAUUGUUCCUCGUCGAUUGAAUUGUUGUUGGCAUCACCUUCUCCUACGGUUGGCAUGAUAGUCAUGGCAUUUGAGAAUACUUGAUCUUCAAGUUAUUGAGUUCCAAAGGGCUUGUCCAUAGUAGAAGUAAGGAUCAAAUGAUUGUUCGCUGUCGUCUCCGAAGAGUUUACCACUGAAAUGCAUAGAAAUAGAAAAUGUAUGAAAAUUUCAAAACUUACGCAAGUUGAGAAGCCAAACUCAAGAGAUCAGCAGUAUAGUUGGACAUGGUUCGAAAACCGAGCGAAACCAGUUUUUGGUUCGCUCACUCAUUUGUUUCGGUUCGCCCAUUUGAAAUGGUUUGGUUUGGUUUUGUCGCUCACUCAUUUGAAAAACCGGUUUUCGCUCAAAUGUCAACUGGUUUUGGGUAUUAGGUAUUGAUGAAUUCGAGGUUUUCGACUAUGGGGGACUCAUGUGAUGGACUUAUUUCACGUAAAAUCAUUCUAAAGGCACACACCGAGCAAAAAAAUUUUGUUCGAAAAUGGGUAUUUAAGGCACGGGGAACAUUUUGGUGAGGUAUACGUCAAAAAUAGACUUUUUUAAAGACACAUGCCAGGCUAUUAUACAUUUUCGAGACACAAAAAACCCAAAAAGAUCAUAACUCGGGCAUUUUUUGAGCUUUUCAAAAUUUCGACAACCAUUUUGAUGCGCUCGUCGUCAGCUAAAUUUUUUCUCAUUGGACCGAAAUUCAAAUGUUGCUCCUAAGGAGUGAAAAUAUACGCAUUUUGCUAAAAUUUGCGUUCAAAAAUUGAUAUUUCCGAGAAAAAACGUAUUUUUCACUCCUUAGAGCAAAAUUUGAAUUUCGGUCCAAUGAGAAAAAAUUUAGCUGACGACGAGCACGUCAAAAUGGUUGUCGAAAUUUUGAAAAAGCUCAAAGAUUGCCCGAGUUAUGAUCGUUUUAGUUUUUGUGUCUCGAAAAUGUAUAAUAACCUGGCAUGUGUCUUUAAAAGUCUGUUUUGGAGCGUAUACCUCACCAAAAUGUUCCCCGUGCCCAAAUAUCCCAUUUUUCGAAAAAAAAAAUUUUGCUUGGUGUGUGCCUUUAAGAGUGAUUUUACGUGAAAAUAAGUCCAUCACGUGAAUCCCCAUAGUCGAAAACCUCGAAAUUCAUCAAUACCUAAUACCCCAAAACCAGUUGACAUUUGAGCGAAAACCGGUUUUCAAAUGAGUGAGCGAACCAAAAACCAAAACCAAACCGAAACCAUUUCAAAUGAGCGAACCAAAACCAAAUGAGUGAGCGAACCAAUCAAACUGGUUUCGCUCAAACCAUUUGAAAAACCACUCAUGUCCAACUAUAAUCAGCAGCCUUGCUGAAUUCGCUUCUCAACAAAAAGACGCUUUCCAGAUGUCAAGUUGUUCUUCGAUUGUGUAGCCCUAGAAAUAAGAACCAAUUUUGAUUAAAAUUCUUCAGGAGAAAAACUGACUUUUCCUCGGAAGUGAGCUCUGUGGUGGCAGCGGUGGAAGUUUCAGCAGUAGUUGGAGUUGUUUCUUCGGUAGUGGUGGUCUUGAUAUUUUCAACUGGAACAGUGGUUUCUCCGGUCAUUGUGUUGGUAGUGUCAGCAAGAGCAGCAUCCAUUCUUUCUUGAUUAGUAGUUUCUAAAAACAGCACAAAUAUCAAUAUUGCGAAAUAAGGUAGAUGAGAAUCGGAAGAUAGAUGAGAAUCAGACGGCCGUCUACCGGCUGUUGAGACACUUCUGAUUGUAACAUAGGAACUCAUGCAAAUGUUGCUGGAAAUGUGUCAAACUGAGAAACAGCCCCGUUCUGAUAAAAAUCUGACACUCUAACAAGUAACAAAUUAACAAAUUUGUAAGAAAACCAAAUUUUUUAGUUUUUGGCCUAAAUUCAAGUUUAAUAUGUGAAUUUCAAAGUUCUGGUAAAACUUGCUGCUAGAUCCUAGUCGGGGAACAAGCUUUAUAUCUUUUUAGCAGUCGUGAACAAUCAAUUUCUCUAUAAGUAGGGCAACACACAAAAAAACGAAAAAAAAAAGAAAAAAAUUUUGGCGUGCAUUUCGUCCGAGAGAAGUACACACACACAUUUCGCUGCAGGACCACAUUGCAUAAAUAUUUGCGCCUUUAAUCUAUUGUUUUCGCGCCCCAAUUAGUUGUUUUUGGUGAUAAAUAGUUCGCACCAUUCGAUUCAGAAUUUCACGCUGAGUAAAAUGAUAUAAAAAUCAUCUCUGUCUGUGGAAGUUUUUGAGUUCACGUUUUUGGGAAAAAAUGCAUGAUUUUUGGGUCACUGGUGUUAUUUUUUCGAAGCUGAUGGCUAUCACAACAAUAUUCUUCCAAAAAAUAAUAGAAAUUAUUGCCUCUGAACCCAAUACUUCUGAAUUCUCUGAGCCCUAGUUCUUGAUAAAUCAAGGAUCAAUCAAUACAACUGAUAGAUUCGAGAUAGGUCUCUGCUUGAUAUCAAAUAGCUCCAAGAUAAGUCAAAACUGAUUUUAGUUGAAGAUUUGGGACUGACAUUUGCGCCAAUGGUGCAAUUGGUGUGAGUGGCGCCAACAUUCAACAAACGAAGUAUUUUACUCCUACUUAUUGAUUCACCAGUAGAAAAACAACGAAAUUCAUCAACCUAACUUCACCAAAAGCCGCAAAACGACAUGUCUGCCCAAAAACAUUAAGAUUUUCGCAAUUUUUCACAAUUAAAAUUUUCACUGAAUUUUGGCCAAAAUUCGACCAAUUUUUUGACCAAUUUCUGACCAUAUUUUGGCCAAUAAAUAUUUUUGAUCAAUUUUUGGCCAAAAUUCGACCAAUUUUCGUUUUUUGGCCAAAAAUUGGUCAAUUUUUGGUCAACCUCCCAGGACCAGUGGAUAAGUGAAUAGAAAAAAAUAUGAGAUAGCCACGUAGAAAAGUUCACUGUUCAUAGAAACAGAAAAAAUCUCUCAAUUUUCCAGUGCUUACCAUGGCCACGUCACAACAACAAUGGAAAUGUCCCCCUACAAAUUCGACCACGGUUCUUCACUAUCUCAACCAGAAUGGGUUCACGUCGCACCUUGUCCAGAUGUUUAUCGCGGUAAACAUCGAUUAGAAGACAGCGAACUUCGAAACGCCGAAAAACUCUACGAAGCCGGCAAGCAAUAUUCCAACGAUGUGCAAGAAAUUCUGAAAAACGUCGAGGAGAAAAACCGGGGAGUUGCCGCAUAUUUCGCGGAAGCUCUGCAGAGUUGCGGCGGACAGGUCAUCCCACCGAAGGAUUAUUUCAAAGAUGUUGCCAGUCAUGUUCGAUCGCACGGUGGUUUGAUUGUCAUCGAUGAAGUGCAGACUGGUUUUGGACGAAUUGGCUCGAAGUAUUGGGCUCAUCAAUUAUAUGACGAUGGAUUUAUUCCGGAUAUUGUGACGAUGGGAAAACCUAUGGGAAAUGGGUUCCCGGUUUCAGCAGUUGCUACGAGAAAGGAAAUCGCAGAUGCUUUGGGAGGAUCUGUCGGAUAUUUUAAUACAGUGAGUUAAAGUUAAGGACCUAUAUGGGACUCCGAAUUCGGUGGGAGGGGGGUUAACUUAAGGUGUAUUUUUGCAGGUAGGGCCCUUAACUUUUAAACAUUUUGGAGAAUUUUAUGCCUUUAGAGGCCAAAAACCCACAAAAAAUUGGUUAGGGGGGUUAACUUUUUGAAAAUAUUUCCUGAAAGGGGGGUUAACUCAAGGGUCCCCGGAGCGACUAGUUCAUGUAUGGUUGAGGUGGUUAGCUUUUGGACGAGUAUAAGUUUUUAAAAUCAAUAUAAAAAAUUAUAAUCUAGUUUUACAAAACUACAAAAUCGAACUUUUAAAAACUCCUUCAAAAUUAAUUUUGCAGUAUGGUGGUAACCCAGUUGCUUGUGCGGCCGUAAUCUCCGUCAUGAAAGUAGUCAGAGAGGAAAACCUCUUGGCACACAGCCAAAAAAUGGGCGAAGAACUCGAAGUCGCCUUGAACGAAUUGAAACAAAAGCAUGAAAGUAUCGGAGACAUCCGUGGUGUCGGUUUAUUCUGGGGAAUCGACCUAGUGAAAUCCCGUGAUUCUCGUGAACCCGAUCAACGCCUUGCUCUCGAUGUUAUCCUUGAACUUCGACAGAAAUAUGGAAUUUUAUUGAAUGCCGAUGGACCUUAUACGAAUAUCCUGAAAAUCAAACCUCCACUUUGUUUCGAUAAAUCCAAUGUGCUAGAGGUAGGAACUUUUUAACUAGACUAGACAAAAAACAAAAUACCGCAGGCUAUUUGGUUUUUGGAACCUUUUUGUUUUGUUUUUUCUCUAGGUGGUCUUUGAGAUUCUUCGAAAAAAAUUGUGUUUUGUUUUCAGACAGUCUCGGCUCUGGAUCAAGUGCUAACGCAUUUCAAUCGAUAA